GGAGCUGGCGCUGCAGCAGGGACUCGGUCAGCCAGUCCUUGGGAUCUUCCGCCUAGAGAACGAUGGCCGGGCUCUUUGUGAUCCCGCUAGCGCUUAUCAGCACGGCAGUGGCUUGUACGUUUGAGGAGUCGUCCUUGAACCUCACCGGGAUCGUCUGCAGAAUGACCAAGCCAGCGGCAUUAGUGCUGAACCAGCAAACAGCUCAGGUAAUUCAAGCAGCAUUCAGACAUGCCACCUACCCGGAUAUCAGUGGGGAAAAGUCCAUGACGUUUCUUGGCAAAGUGGCCUAUGGGUUAACAAAGAUACAAAUCAACGACUUGUCCAUAGAAAACAGUGAGGUCGAUUUUAAGGAAGACGAUGCCAUAGACAUUGCAAUUCAGAACGUGACAGCAUCCUUCAAAGGGACCCUGAGUUAUGGCUACACCGGGGCUUGGUUUGUGAAACUCACCCACUCCAUUGAUUUUGAAAUUGAAUCCUCACUUGAUCUCCAGAUCAACGCCAAACUGACGUGUGCAAAGGGCCGGGUGGCGGCCGAUACCUCGGAUUGUUACCUGACGUUCUAUAAGCUGACGCUCCAUCUCCAGGGAGACAAACAGCCAGGGUGGCUGAAGCAGCUCUUCACAGACUUCAUCUCAUUCACCUUGAAGCUCGUUCUAAAAGGCCAGGUGUGUAAAGAAAUUAACUCGCUGGCUCAGCUGCUGGCAGAUUUUAUACAGGACAGAGCAGCAAAUUUCCUCCAGGAUGGGGCUAUCGGAGUAGAUAUUUCACUGGCAUCAUUUCCAGUAAUAAAAGCAAACUACAUGGAAUCGCAUCAUAAGGGUCUGCUUUUGUACAAGAACUAUUCAGUCGUCUUCAAUGACUCCAUGUUUGCUCCAUCUCUGCUCUCCGAGUCCAGGAUGCUAUAUUUCUGGUUUUCAGACCAGGUCCUGAACUCUCUGGCCAUGGCAGCUUUCCUGGAUGAACGUCUGGUGUUAACGAUCACAGGGGAAGAGUUAAGGGAGAUGUUUGAAAUGGAAGACACGGAGGCUCACCAAGGGAUUGUGCAAGAGAUUUUUCAAGGCACUUCUUAUAAUGACUCGCUGGCUAAGGUCUGGAGUCUCACCCCUCCCCAAAUUACCCUCCAGCCUGAAGGGACAAUUGUGAAGUCAUCUGUUGCCGUGGAACUCAGCAUUUUUUCCCAAGGAGCAGAGCCCACCGGGGUGUUAUAUUUUGAGAAGGAAGUCACUGUCACAAUCCAGUCUGCGUAUGUAGAAAAGAAACUGGUUUUGCAUCUCGCUGACUCUGUGAUAGAGCCUAAAGUUUUUAAAUGUGCUUUGGAGAGAGCUGGGGAUGACAGAUCUCUUAGGCACUUCCUGCAGAAAAUCAUCUCAGUUGCGGGAAUCCCAGAAGUGAUUUCAAGGAUCGAGCCAGCUUUAACUUCUCUGAUGAACAGCAAAGGACUCAAUCUAUUUGAAAUUAAAAAUCCUGAGAUCAUCACAAAGGAGGGAUACCUAAUUAUACAGCUGGACUUUGGCUUCCCACAUCAUUUGCUUGUAGAUUUUCUUAAGAAAACAUUAUAGAAGGAAUCCAUUCAUAAAGGAGUGUUGGAAUUGACUGUACAAAUAGAAAGAAUGCAUGUGACCCAAUGAAAUUAUGUCCUUUUUGGGGGUCUGUGACGGGUUGGAUCACAGAAACCCCCUUGGGAGCUGCCACCCAAUGUGCCAAGACUACCCCUGCUUCUGUUUUCCCUGCCAGCUCAGGACUCCAGCACCCUGUCUUGCUGAGCCAGACACUCCCGUCUGGCUCCAGACACAGACC